AUGGCCGCAACGGUGAUAGUCUUGCGCCAGCCUCUGGUUUUCUUCCCUAACUCAAGGCCUUUGACAAAAAUCUGUGCCUCCUCUCCGAAAUACCUUUCCCGUCAAAGAGCGACCUUCCCGGCACUGCUCUCCCAGCGCUAUCUGUCAGCAACCAGAAAGAUGGACUCCGAGUCGACAUCGAAGCUCUCUUUCCACGUUGCAGCCUCAUUCACUGGAAAGGACCGCCCAUAUGAUCCCUCAACACACAUCUUCCACUUCAACCCCUAUAAUCGUAUCCAGCAGACUCGCAAUAAGCGAUCCCGACCCGACAGCGGCCACGAUGCCUUCUUCGUUAGCAGAGUGGGCGACUCGGGGGCAGUAGCUAUGGGCGUGGCUGAUGGUGUUGGAGGCUGGGUCGAUUCAGGAGUUGACCCCGCAGACUUCUCCCACGGCUUCUGUGAUUACAUGGCUUCGACGGCUUACGGCCACGGCUCGGCCAAAAACGAUUCGACGACGAAAGGCAUGGGCGAUAAGGAGCCGCUACGGGCUCAGGCCUUAAUGCAGACCGGUUAUCAGGCAAUAUGCGAAGACGAGACAGUUGUCGCUGGAGGUAGCACCGCAUGUGUCGCGGUGGCUUCGCCAGACGGAAAUCUUGACGUUGCAAACCUGGGCGACUCGGGCUUCAUUCAGCUCCGCUUGAACGCUGUCCAUACUUAUUCAGAACCCCAGACUCACGCUUUUAAUACGCCGUAUCAACUUUCUAUUGUACCGCCCAGCGUAGCCGCCCGGAUGGCGGCUUUCGGCGGUGCCAACCUCUGCGAUUUCCCAGCUGACGCUGACGUCACGCAGCACAGUCUCCGGCACGGCGACAUAGUAGUUUUUGCGACGGACGGCGUUUGGGACAACCUCUUUAACCAGGAUAUUCUCCGUAUCGUUAGCCAUGUCAUGACCUCUACUGGUGCAUGGCUCAACAGCAAAAAUGGGGUAAGGGUUGUGGAUAACCUUAGGCCAUUUACCAAGCCGUCCGAAGACGCUACAGAGCGACCUCCCUCAAAGUUUCUCACGCUGCAAAGCGUAUUAGCGGCGGAGGUUACAGCCGCGGCCAAGUCAGCCAGUCUUAAUCGCAAGAUCGACGGCCCCUUUGCCAAGGGCGUGCAAAAGUACUUUCCGCAAGAGAACUGGCAUGGCGGCAAGAUUGACGAUAUAUGUGUCGUCGUUCUCAUUGCGUCUGACGAUUCCAAGGCCCAGUCCAAGAGCCGCCUCUAA